AUGGAACUCCCUAGAAGUCUCGACUCCUACAGAGACGACAAUCUCAUCAUCCAGGACUAUGACGGUAUUUUUGCAGUCCCACGGCCUCUUCCAGCUCUUUCAACCGACACACUUGUCAAAUGCAUUUUUGACGCCUACAAGAACAGCAUCAAGGUGCGCCUGAUGGCUCUCACGGACAUCACCCCUUGUCUCUGCGCAGUUGCUCCGAUCGAGCGUAUUGACGCUGGGAUGGUGGCCAUGGUGGUUACUUCAGAAGUGGAGUACUACAAAUUGCUGCGGAGCAAUCCCGAAGAUGGCCAGCCACGAUCAGCUGCUUUGUCAAUCUUCUCAAUAUACAAGGACUCAUUUGACUUGAUCGAGAAGGCCGGGACAGUUAUUCUCGCCUGGAGAUUCUAUGGCGUUGAUGAUUCCCCCUUCAUGGAUCGUCAGGGCAAGGUAUUGCCUCUUAGAGGUAACACCCACCCAGACCUAUCUUAUCCAUCCCUGCAGCGUCGUCGAUCCUCUUCACCUCUACAAAUCGAGAGCAGCGAAGCAGCUGAACUCAAAACUCUUCGACUUGAGCUAGGCCAAGCAAAAGCCGAGGCGCUUAACAACAGGAUCCUCAAGGAGUACAUGCAAGCGAAGUGGUUAGUAACCAUUUAUCACUGCGAAGACCAAGUGAGCGAGAGACAAACCACCGAGAUAAUCAAGAAGUGCAUCGCAAAGAGAUUUGCGCAGGCGCAGAAGACACGUGGAAAGCCGCAGAAGAUUGUUAGGUUGGCUACGGAGAAGCACAUUGAUAGCAUGGCGGCGGAGAUCACCCAUAAUAAGGAUGAGGAGGCGACGAGACCGCUUACAAAGUAUGACUAUGAGGUUUUUCUGCGGACUUUCUUCGCUGCUAUUAAUGCGAUUCAGAAGGAUGAGGUGAAGGAGAAGUAG